AUGCUGUCCCUGAGAGCCUUUCUAUCCCUCACGCUCGUAGCAGCUGCUCUUGCUGGCACAUGCUACAAAGCAGAGAAGAAAGCUGCUGCUGGCCUUGCAUCAUUAAACAAGACUCUGCAAUCAGCCACGUUCAACGCUACAGCAUGCAAGACAUCCAUUGACGCAUUGUGCACUACCAAUGAGGCAAAGGGAUCCGACUGCGCGACAUACUGCGCGCUUGCCUCUUUCACAUUCUCAGGGAUGGUGGGAUGCACUUCUGAUUCUCAAUGCCCCUCGACGACGACUGAGCCUAAGGUAGCGCUAUGCUGCAGCUCAAUGAGGACCGCCUACUCCAACGUCUGCGAGUUUUCUAGCGCUGCUCUCGAUACUAUGAUCGCAUCGUCCAAGGCCGACGGAGGUUGUGCGGACACGACAGCAGCGGUUGCUACAACACCUGUGUCCAAAGUAAGCUCAGCAGCUAUGGGCUCGGCACCCACGUCCUUUGCCACAGUCCUUCUUGCCGUCGUUGCGAGCUUGACGGCGUCAAAGAUCUGA